UAGAAGUCUUGGCUGUGGGCCUGAUGUAUGUAGUCACAGAAUAUAAGCGGUGGCUGAAAGGCAAAAGCUUGUAAGAAGCUACUGGAUCUUUCAGGAGAAGCUCAAGCAACAGAGAAAAAUUAUUAGGAAUAGGCAAAUAUGAUGAAUCUUCUGAUGCUUCUGCUGUUUACUUUGUUGCUGACAGCCCCCUGCUGUUGUGAAGGAGCUUCAUCCAAAGCUGUGGAUGAAGGGAUUAAAAUUGGCCAGGAAAAAGCAAACACCUUUGUUAGAAGACAGAAGAGGGCUUACCCAUAUUCUGAAAGGUACUAUGAAAUGUUCAAGUCCCCAAUGGAGAUGAAGCAAGAACAGUGUGAACAUUAUGCACCCUGUAACUACUACUCUGAAAUAGUCGGAUUUCCUACAGCAUAUCGCCGUUACUUUGGGAACAUCUGAAUAUAGUCAUUUCUCAUCCAACUGGGACAUCUGCAAGGACAAAGUGUGGGGCAGCUUAAGAAAAACGGAAAUGGCAUCUUGUUUCUAUUUCACUAACAAGAGUUUAACAACAAGAUGUUUACUUUUAAGGCAAGAAAUAAAUACUUUCUCCUUUCUGAGGAGCAAGUAAGUUCUGCUAGUAAUUCUAUAAAUUCCAAUAUUUCUUGAAACAUGAGUGACAUUUCUUGGAAAGUGUAGGGAAAAAUUAAUAAAUUACCUUAAUAAAUUGGAAGUUGAGGGUUACUUCUGGGGCAAUCUAAUGGUAAAAUUUGUAAUUCUAUAAAGAGAUACUACACUAAAUGUUCUCACAUUUCAAACUUUCAUGUGAUAGAAGGAAUUUCUAUAAGGAUGGGGUAUUGUUGACAAGGGUUUUUUUUUUUUCUUAUAUCAGUUCAUACUAGACAAAUUCACACUUAUGUUUUUGUCCUGGUCAGAAAGCAUUUGAAAUAAAUAAAUAGAAAUAAAAUUUUCAUGUACAAUGCAAGUAUUUCAAGAAAACAUAUUCCUCAGCUAUGUAAUGUGAUUAAGCAUGAUAAUGAGAUGUUCCUGAUUAGGAACUAGUAGUAAGAAUAUAAUGAGGCAAAUAUAAA